AGAAAACCACUAUGCAGUCUGUGCACUGCUGAAAAUCUCACAGCUGUCUCAGUCUCCGAUAUUCUCACCAGUCUCUAGCUGACAGCCCUCUCUCUCCCUCUCUCUCUCUCUCGUGCGCGCGCGCGUGCCCGUUUCACUAAGUGUGACGCACGGAGCGCGCGAUUUCCCUGACACAGUCUCGCGCCGGGGAGAGAUGUGACCGGACUGCUCUUGCGCGCGGUGACGCAGCGGCGCGGAUCAGAUGGAGUGACGAGGGUUGCGGCAAACAAACAAUACGAAGAAGUGUAAAAGGAGGAUCUGCAGGUCUAGGCCGGGAGCGAUAACGGUGCGCCCGGCGACGCGUUAUAAUGCGUCAUAUCUCACAAUGACGACUAGGCGAAAGUCAGCGAAGCUGCAGCUGCGGCGCUCGAUCAGCGAACAGCUGCGUGACUCCACGUCCAAGGCUUGGGAUCUGCUCUGGAAAAAUGUCCGAGAGAGACGCCUCGCAGAGAUAGAAGCAAGGGAAGCAUGUGAUUGGCUGAGAGCGGCAGGAUUUCCACAGUACGCUCAUCUCUAUGAGGAUUCUCAGUUUCCUAUUGACAUAACUGCUGUAGAAAAGGACCAUGACUUCCUGGAUAAAGAUCUGGUGGAGCCACUGUGCCGGCGGCUUCAAACUCUGAACAAGUGUGCCUCCAUGAAACUGGAUGUGGGCUUUCCUAAGAAGAGAAGUGAGGACACGGAUUUGGACGACCUGCUAGCCAUCAGCAGCAGAUGGACAUUUGAGUGGGGAAGCCGCCGCUGGUCUCGCCUGCAGGACGCCGACUUCAUCCUGGGGGCAAGAGAUCGGCGGAGGACUGUGAGCAGUGAGAGUGUUCUGACCGAUCUAAGUGAACCUGAGAUCUGUUCGCUGCACAGUGAGGACUCACUGUCUGUUAUGCCUGAGUCUGCAUCCCUCAGCCCACUAAGCAUGCCCCUGUACCAAGAUCUGCCUCACUACAACACGCUCCCUGCAAAGAGUGGCCGACAUGGGCGCACACGUGCUAAGGACUUCCUUCGUCGCGUGGAGACAUUGGGCCGCUCUUGGGGAGCACUGAGGUCAUGUCCAGAGCGGCGUUCCAUGACCAUUAGUGGGCCGAUUCUGCAGAGUGAACCAGAGGCUUUACGAACCCUACACUGCAUUCAGAAUUUAAAUGGAGUGCCAGGUGAUUGUGAAAACAAACCCACUGCGAGUAACUGCCUGUCCAUUUUCACUACCAGUGAGGAGACCAGCCAAUCUGAGAUUGACAGAAGCAUUGAGAGCACACCCAUCUUGAAGGAGCAUGUUCCAGAAGCACACAACAUCAGCAAACGAGCAGGCAUGUAUCUGGAAAAUCUAAAUGUGCUUUGUCCAGACACACAGAGGAGAAGAUCAGCAGAACAAAAUCGCACAAAUGAAUUUCACUCCUAUGAGGAUCUGAUGGUACACAUCCCAAAGGACCAUAAACCCGGGACUUUUCCUAAAGCACUGUCCAUAGAGAGUUUGACUACAGCCAAUGAGGAGGGAGGAAAAUGGAAAGUUCAAGAACCAAAGAAGCAUCAGCAAUUAAGAAACAGGAAAUGGGCAGGGCGAGAGAACCGAUCCAUGACACGCUAUUGCCCUCGAAGCAGCCGCAUUAGCAUUUAUGACAAUGUACCAGGUUCACACCUUUAUGCCAGCACAGGAGAUCUGAUGGACCUGGAGAAGGAGGAGGACCUGUUUCCACACCUGGAUGACAUUCUGCAGCACGUGAACGGUCUGCAGCAAAUUGUUGAUCACUGGUCCAAAAACGUGCUGCCUGAGGGAGAAGAUGAGGGUGAGGAGGGGCAGGACCAUGCAAUGAUGGAUGCUCAGUCUUCCAGUCAAAUCACGUUGGAUUUUGAAGGGACCUCAGUGAACACACCUAGUGACGGAGACAGAGAUGGAAUGUCUUUAAAUGAAACAGAUGUUUCAAGUACAAGAGAGAGGCGGGACUCAGGAGUUGGUGCAUCGCUCACUCGGCCUCGUCUCAGGUGGCCAAGCUUUAGAAUAUCCAAUCGCCUCAGCCAAUCAGGAACUUCAUUACAGAUCUCCAGCCAAUCAGCAGCUCAGCUCAGCCUGCUGCAGAAAUUCUCACUGCUGCGCCUCACAGCCAUCAUGGAAAAAUAUUCAAUGUCCAACAAGCAUGGCUGGACAUGGUCAGUUCCAAAGUUCAUGAAGCGGAUGAAGGGACCAGAAUACAGGGAGAAGGGUGUGUAUGGGGUUCCUCUGGUUGUCCAUGUGCAUCGCUAUGGCCAGCCUCUACCUCUCUGCCUGCAGCUGGCACUGCGCUACCUCCGGAGACAAUGCCUCGACCAGGUGGGGCUUUUCCGUAAGUCUGGUGUGAAGUCUCGCAUUCAGGCUCUGAGACAGAUGUGUGAAAGUUCUCCAGAGAGCGUAGACUAUGAGGAUCAGUGUGCAUAUGACGUAGCCGACAUGGUGAAGCAGUUUUUCCGAGACCUUCCUGAGCCACUGCUCACCAGCAAACUCGGAGAGACCUUUCUCCAUAUAUAUCAGUAUGUCCCUAAAGAGCAACGCUUGCAGGCAGUGCGAGCUGCCAUUAUGCUAAUGGCCGAUGAGAACCGUGAAGUGCUGCAGACCCUGCUGUGUUUUCUGAGUGAUGUCACUUCCUCCGUAGAGGAGAACCAGAUGACGCCUAUGAACCUGGCUGUGUGCCUCGCCCCAUCUCUCUUUCAUCUGAACCUUAUGAAGAAUGACAACCUUUCACCAAGGUCAAUCCAGCGGAAGUAUGCCACAGGACGCCCUGACCAAAAGGAUCUCAAUGAGAACCUCGCUGCCACUCAGGGGCUUGCCCACAUGAUCACUGAGUGUAACCGACUCUUUGAGGUCCCUGAGGAGAUGAUUGCCCAGUCAAGGAACUCUUAUGUGGAUGCUGAGGUAAUAGCGCCCCCUCUGGAUGAGCUUUGCAAACAGCUACAGCCGCAUAUGGAAGAGGAAGAAGAAGAAGAGGAGGAGGAAGAGGAAGGCUCCUAUCGCUGCUACAUGGAGGGACUGAUCCAGAUCCUAGUAAAAGAAGCCAGAGAUAAGACCAAGUCCUGGGUGAGCCAGCACACAAUCGACAACGUGGAGCUCGCAUUCAAAAAGGUCGGAGAUGGAACUCCACUGCGGCGGUGGCGCAUUUCAGUUGAAGUCGAGGCUCCACCGUCUGUGCUGUUGAACCGAGUUCUGCGAGAGCGCCAUCUGUGGGACAGUGAUCUCCUACAGUGGAGAGUUCUGGAAACACUGGACAAGCAGACUGAAGUGUAUCAGUAUGCUCUCAACAGCAUGGCUCCUCACCCCAGCAGAGACUUUGUGGUACUCAGGAUGUGGCAAACAGAUCUACCAAAGGGUGUGUGUGCAUUAGUCACAGUUUCCAUUGACCAUGAGGACAGUGCACCUAUGGGAGGGGUUCGGGGCAUCGUUCUGGAAUCCCACUACCUGCUUGAGCCAUGUGGGUCUGGAAAGUCCAGACUCACACACAUCUGCAGAGUGGAUAUCAAGGGAAAGUCUCCUGAGUGGUAUAACAAAGCCUUUGGACAUAUAUGCGCUGCCCACGCAGUUCGCAUACGCAACUCAUUCCAGCCUCUGGACACUGAAGGCCCCGAGACCAAGAUCUGAGCCUGUCUAUGGAGUACGGUCUGGAGUACAGGGUUUGAACCAGGAUCAGGGUUACAAACAGGGUUGAUAUCAGGGUUUGUACCAGGAUCACAUUUGGAAUCAGGGGUUGAACAAGGAUCAGGGUUUGGUCUAAGACCGCGGUCAGAAACAGGGUUAGGUUUAGGGUUUGGCCCAUGUGACAAACUUUGUAUGCUACAGCUAGUGAAGAGAAAGUUAAGAAAGUGAUAAAGAUUGAAGGAGAUUUGAAUGAGAAUGGAAUGGAGGAUUAAUAGUAAGUGUCAAUGCUGAAAAAACAGAAGGAAUAAAACAUUUUCAUAGGUAUAAUGAAAAUGCCUUAAAAGGUAGUCUUGUGAAACUAGAAGGUAUAUAGUGUAUGAAAUGUCUAGUACUAGUGCUAGUCAAGACAACUGGAUUUGUGGUAUAAUUGAAAGGAUUCUUAAGUGUAACUCAUAUCUGCUGGCAGUUAUGUACUGUAAAAUCUUAUCACAUGCGUAAGAUUAAAUUAGGGCACUUAUUUUUAAUAGUCCAAACUGCCAGCUUUAGAGAAAAAGUGGAGCGAAAUAAAGGCCAAAGAGAGAGAUAUGAGGCUUUGCAGCAUCUCAGCUUAGCUUAUAGAUGCAGACUUUGUCCAAGUAACUCCUGCAGAUACUCCAGUUUAUCUGUUAAGCAUAGUACUGUACUAAUGCCUAUAGAUUAGAUUAUGCUUAAGCAUGCAGUGCUGCAUUCGCCAUCACCCUAGUCUAAUCUUUACGAAGUAUAUAAGAGAGAUCCCUUAAAUGUUCGUGUGUUGCACUAAAAUAUCACUUUAUGCUGUUGCAUUUCUCAUUAAAACAACAGCUAGAUCCUUAUAAAUGAUUUUCGGAGAUUAUGCAAGUUGGUUGUGGAACGCUUGAAGGAAAACCAUAAUCGGACCACCUGACAUGAAAGUUUACAAAGUCGGAGUGUAAGAUUUGUGUCUUCACUUAAAGAAAAAGAAAAGGCCACUAACUUUAUCGCCACCUUUUUAUCUUUCAAUAAUCUAGAAUAACACUUUUUUAGGUUGCAUCCUUAUCUGUACAAGUGUUUCGUAAUGUAAAUUUGAUUUCUUGAUCCCAAUUUUCUAGUAUUUUGUGGCUUGUUUUACCCCAGAUAGUAUUCACUUUCAUACACACUUUAAGUAUUUAAAGAAUGGGAAGAAAACUACUUGAUCAUUGAAGAUGUGAAUUCUUAGAGCUGGAUUUGCCUGCAAAUGUGUGCAUACACCAAUCCUUAACUCAUGGACAUUCAUCCAAAUAAGACAUUAAGUAUUAUUAUUAUUAUUAUUAUUAUUAUUAUUAUUAUUAUGCUUCCAUGCUAUACAAUGUCUAGGACAUUAUUCCAUUCCACUGCUUCUGAGAAGCAUGUCUGUAAUCAUUUUUAAAUACUGUAUAGCUAGAACCAAUUGUGUCACUGUAUAUAUAAUUGCAUGUGUAUGUGAAGAAUUGUACAUAAACCUAUUUUACAGUAUAUUUUGUACAUAAGUGAUGCUAAUGGGCAGAUUUAACUGCUUCCUAUGCUUAUAGUUUUUUUUUCUUCUUGUGUCAUAUUGAUAUGCUGAAAAUAAUGCAAUACCAAAAUCUCUACGCUGUUGGCUGCCUCUCCUGUGGAGUGUAAGAGAGUGUGUGUAUGAGACGGACGUGAGCUACAUGGCAGUGUACGUUACUGUUGUCAGGCUCAAAAUUGUAGUUUGCGAAGCCGCAGAAAGACGAAAGGUGCUGUGAAUAAUAACUGAGAGGCUUCAUACAGCCAGUUCAGUGCCAAGCUGACCUGGGCCAUUUGAAAAACAGCAGAAAGCAGUUUGCAUUUCUGUAUGGUUUACACACUUUAAACUUUCUAAUGCAAAUCUGUGUUUGCUAAAUCUUAUAAAUAUGUGUCGUUUUAUCUGAGCUAUUACAAAUGCUAUGAAUUAAGGAAAUGCCGUCAUCUCAUUAUGAUGAUCAGGUAACUAAAUGCACUGCUUACGACAAGCUCGUUCAUCUGUUUCAAAGACUAAAUGUGAAUACACCUGACCUCCAAGGCUAAGUAACUUUUAAAAGCUAACAGGCAGCUAACAACAGGAUGGUGGUAUUUCGCCUAUUCAGACAAAUAUCAUCCUCCAAAGCAGCACAUGGCUACAUAGUCAGUAUAGAUUUUUCGCUAAUUUUCACAAAUAUGAAGCAUUCUGAAGAUUUUUAAAUGGCCCGAUUUGAUUAGCUGUGGUAUACAACCUUACAGUGAUAUUCAUAUUAUCUUUGUCCUUUCUGCAUGUACUGUAAGUGAGUGUGUCUUUGUGUUUGUGUCUCACCAUCUAUUUGUAAUGAUUAAAAUAAAAACCACUGAACACUC